UAUCGCCUCUGUCGUCUGUGAAAUUUGUGUGCAGUGUUCGGUCGUCGGGUUGCCACACGAGGAAUGGACUCUUCACAUUGAGACUGUUGGAUUUAGCGAACCAUGCCGUCAAGCCGCUCAAGUACGUGCUUCGGGUAGUUCUGAACUUAGUGUCACACAUUACUUCCCCCCUCUUCUUUGGCUUCUGGAUUGGAUUGGCGCGGCUCGCUACGUGCUUGCGCGCGCUUUUCCGAGCGCAGAUUGGUGUGCGCCUGGUUUCUGCACUAGGCUGUUAUGCGAUCGCUUUUUCGAGCGCAGAUUGAUGUGAGCCUAGUUUCUGCACUAGGCUUUUGCACGAUCGCCUGCUUUUUGCACUGGGCUUUCAAAAGGCGAAGUGAGCGUCGCUUACUGCGGAAGUGCUGCGCCGCGGGCGUACCGUGUAUGGAAGCGCGCAGCAAUGCCGGGAAACAUUCAAACAAAAGCAAAGGGUCAGAAAAGUGCGCUUUAUUUUCCCUUACUAUGUCACACUGGGUAGCGCCGUGCGAUCGCUUCUAAUAAACGCAGAAACGAGUCCUUGCAGCACAUGUGCCCAUUAAUCGAUGCCCACCAUAGCCAUAUCAGGUGCGACUCGAGAAGCUGUGGAGUCACCCUGUAGCCGGCGGAGACGAGGUGGCGCUUCACCUUCUGCCAGUAGCUUUCGAUUUUCUGGGUGUGAGCGCCCGUGAUUGGGUCUACAAAGUUCAUGCUGCGGUUAACAGCCUCCCAUUGCAAAUUCAGUCUUGCUCCGUUAGUCCCCACUAAGUUCGGGAUGCAGUUGUAUGCGGCCCAUUCAUCACUGUGGAUGAUGGUUCCCGGUUCAACGUUGGCUGCAAAAAUGGGGCCUAGCGUCGCCGCGUCUCGUCGGUCGACCUUGAAUAGUCGGAGCUCCCCGGUGGUCACGCAGAUCAUGCCGAAUACCCAUGGUCCACUAUCUGCAAUGCCGCCGUAAUUUUGGCGGCUCGGCGGAACGUUGUCGCCCGUCAUCAGGCGGCCUCGAUUGUAUUUUCGCUCGCCGCGAAGGAGGCAUUCAUCAAUUUGCACAAUCCUACCGGGGCCACCGAGUGGGGGUCGCGCCAGCAGCUCGUCCCGCACGACCUCACGAGCGUAGUUCCUCCAGUCGGCGAUGACAUGGUCCGACAGAUUAAGCAAGUCGCCGGUCAUCUCCUUCAUGAGCCACGUGCCUAUGUUUUUGCUCACGCAGUACGUGAGCCAAAUCACUUGCCGCCUGCAGUAAGCGACGCUCACUUCGCCUUUUGAAAGCCCAGUGCAGAAAGCAGGCGAUCGUGCAAAAGCCUAGUGCAGAAACCAGGCUCACAUCAAUCUGCGCUCGAAAAAGCGAUCGCAUAACAGCCUAGUGCAGAAACCAGGCGCACACCAAUCUGCGCUCGGAAAAGCGCGCGCAAGCACGUAGCGAGCCGCGCCAAUCCAAUCCAGAAGCCAAAGAAGAGGGGGGAAGUAAUGUGUGACACUAAGUUCAGAACUACCCGUGCUUCGUACCUGGAUGCAAAGGCGGGUAUCGAUCUUCCUCGCAAAAGUUUUCUGCGUUUAAAAGCCCCAACUAAUCUCUUGCGAAGGGAGCAAUGGGCCCAAAAUAUUAAACGGGCUGACAAAAAGAUUACCAACGACAGCGUGGUUUGUGAACGGCGCUUCGACGAAAGAUUCGUUGAAAGGACCUACCGGCACACAAUCAACGGUGAGGUUGCAGAAUUGCCUCGCGAUCUUCCGCGUCUGAAAGAAGAGGCCGUGCCUACUGUGUUCCCUGACGCACCGAAGUAUUAACGAAGAAAGCUCCGAUGAAAAGGAAAGAGAGAAAUAUAUGUGAGCAGCGUGGACCUGUUGCAAAACGGCAAAAGCCUAAUGCAAUCAAUAGGCAAGACGCCCAGCAAGAAGACGCUGCAGCGCACACGCAGCUACGCCAGGAGCCAGAUAUACCACAUAUCAUUGCCUCAGAUAAGCAGCAGGCCGUGGAACUUGAGCAUGUGUGUCAUAAUCUCCGCCUACCUGAUGCAACAUGGAAUAAGGUAACGCUUCCAAGUGAACGUGACAGUGUUUUCUUCGGAGUCUGUGCGCUCGAAGGCGAGCAGGUUGACCACAUAUUGCUGCCCAAGAUAGUGAAAUUCAAGUCGGAAAGCAACCAACCGGAAUCAUUGUGUUGCUCUGUAUUUCUCAGGGGCCAACUGCGCUCACAGUGCACUGUUUCUUCGCCGGAGGAAGCGCAGUCAAAGCUCGACAGCACCCAUGCACUUGUAUUGUGUGGAGGCUGCGGCAUGAAAUCAGAGAAGCAAGGACGAUAUAUAUCGUUUGCUGGGUGUUACUUUUCCAUCAAGUGCACUUACGUAUGUGAAAGCAAAGGCCCCUGCAUUCAUUGCAAAUACCUGAUAAAACUGCUGCAGAAUCAACUUUCACGAAAGCGGCGGAACGGGGGAAUAUCCAAGCGUCUGAAGAAGCAUGCUAACACACGCCACAGCUUGCGUACUGCUCAGAAAAAACUGCUGAAUGCAGAACGGGACCUAGCAGCGAUGCGUCAGGUGAAUCAACAAAUCGCCAAUGAGGUGCUUAGCGCCCGCAUUAAAAGCUUGCCUGAAAAGCAACAAAUGGCUGUCAGGGCCUACUUCCAGGCUGCUACAAGAAAAUCAACAUCUGGGAUGUUGUACGAGAAAGAACGGAUAUUAGAAUGUGUGCUUCUGCGGAUGAGAAGCCCUAAACGGUAUGAACAGCUCCGUAAGCAAAAUGUUAUUAUCUUGCCCAGUCGUAUACGAGACAUCAUUGAAGAUAUGUUAGAAAUUGGGGAUCUUGAUGGGGCUAGGUCUACACUGCAGUGCCUGAACACUGACCACAGUAGCUACGUAAUUGAUAAAAGCGAUAGCCGUCUUAUUUUUUACAUUGCUGGUUAUGUUGCAAGAAAGUUCAACAAAAAAUGGCUGUGGCUUAGGUAAGGUUAAGCCCAGGAUGCGAAGCAUACUAGCCUUUAUUUUAGUUGUUGAACCACUGUUUAGCCUGGUGAACUGCUGUUGCUUGGCUAUAUUUGGUUCGGCUAGACGAAGAAACAACUCAUGCAUUACUG